UUAAGGAUAAACCAGUGUGUAAGAUAAACAGGAAUGAUGGAUACAGCAAGAACAAGGUAACCAAAACCAAAGCAAAAAGUACCCAACUUUCUUGGACUACUUUGCUAAACCAUCUCUUCCUUUCGCCAUAAAGAUUCUCUCCAAAACCCAUCCAAAGAAGAAAAAAAGAUUUUUAUAUUUGCUUCAAUAGCAGCGGCAAGUUCCUCGCUGCUUGCAGAAUUUGGUCAGCUCCUUCAACGUUUAUUUCUGAAUUUCGAAGGUUUAAAAGCCCUCGAAUCGUUUUGGGGGUUUUAUUGCUGUGAUUACCGACGCCUUUGAAUUCAGGAUACAACUCUACAAAACUUACAUGGCUUCUCAGGUGUUGGUAGCUUUGGCACUUUCGCUUGUGGGUGGAUUCAGUACUUCUCUAGGUGCACUUUUUGUGGUUCUCAGUGGGGCUCCAAAUUUGAAGAUGCUUGGUCUUUUACAGGGAUUUGCUGCAGGUUUAAUGUUGAGCAUUUCGUUCCUGGAUUUAGCUCAUAAUGCUAUUAACUCAAUUGGAUUCUUAAAAGGAAAUCUUUGGUUUUUUGCUGGUGUAAUCUUCUUUGCCUUUGUUGCUCACUUUAUCCCAGAACCCACUCUUGGUCCUGUUUCAGAUACCAAACGUAGGAAGGACAAGGACGAAGGUGGCAAGGAUUUAAUGAAAAAGCAUCGUCGUCAGGUUCUGUACAGUGGGAUAAUAACAGCGAUAGGAAUAAGCUUACAUAACUUUCCAGAAGGGAUGGCUGUUUUUCUUGGAUCAAUUAAGGGUCUUCGUGUUGGUCUGAACUUAGCCUUAGCCAUUGCCUUGCACAACAUACCAGAGGGUGUAGCUGUUGCACUUCCUGUUUAUUUUGCUACACAGAGCAAAUGGCAGGCAUUCAAGUUGGCUACUCUCUCUGGCUUUGCUGAGCCCCUUGGUGUUGUAAUCGUAGCCUACUUAUUUCCAAGCAGCUUGAGUCCUGAGAUUCUUGAAGGUCUACUAGGAUCUGUUGGCGGAGUAAUGGCGUUUCUAACUCUGCAUGAAAUGCUGCCUUUGGCUUUUGAUUAUGCUGGACAGAAGCAAGCUGUGAAGGUAGUCUUCUUAGGAAUGGCUUGUAUGUCGGCAAGUCUUUAUUUUCUGGAAAUCAGCUUGCCGGAGGAUUUGAGCUUGUAGUGUACCUGUCUCUUCUGUUCCUUGCCAUUUCUAUGCUGUAAAUUUCCUGGGAAAAAAGAACAUAUAGGGGAAUAAAGCAUUACCAUUUCUAUGUCACCUGACAAUAUUUGCCUCAACAAUCUAAUUCUAAUUCUGUGUAUAAUACACAUUCGAACUAUUGACCUCAUUUAAAUGAAUCAAUGGUCUCAAUUAUUGGUUCAUUCUCA